UUAAAUACGAAAAGCUAAAUUAAUCAUAUAAUUCUUUGUUUUAGCUAAACAUGUGGCUAUUUUUGAAAAAGAUCUUUGUCAAUUGGUCGAAAAAUUAAAAGAAUUUACCUUUCUCGAUAUUUAUGGUGAAAUUCAUUAUGAAAAAGUUGAACCUUAUCGUUUAAUGGUUCAAUCUUGCUUUCCUAAUAGUCGAAUAGAUGUUGAAAUAUCAAGAUUUCGUCUUUGGCUUUAA